UCGCUUGGACAGACGAAGAAAGCUUCUCGCUAAGCGCUUAAACCCUGCAAAGAAGAGAAAACCAGAGAGAGAGAGAGAGAGAGAGAGAGAGAGAGAAAAAGCGACCUCCGUCACCGGGGACAAUGGGGUUCUUCGACCUGAACAUCCCCUACGAAGGCUCUUCUUCGCCGUCCGACAAGUCCAACCUCGUCAGAAUCGCGACCAAGGCGAUGGAGCUCGGCUACGACGGCGUCGCCUACAACCGCUCGAUGAGGGGCGUCAUGUCCGAUCGCGACCGAUGCUCCAUCCCCCUUCUCUCUCUCUCCGCGCUCCUCAAGGUCGCUCCCUCGCUCUCCUCGUCCGUCUCCCUCCACCGCAGCCUCCUCGGCCUCCCCCUCGCCUCCGCCUUCCGCCAGUACACGCGCCUCACCGUCUUCGCUGAUUCCGUCUCCCAGGCUCAGGUCCUGAACUCCGGGAAUCCCGUUCUCAAGAGCUACGACUUGGUCGCCGUCAGGCCUUUGAACCAAGCCGCCUUCGAUCACGUUUGUGAGAAAUCCGAGGUAGAUAUAAUUGCCAUUGAUUUUUCGGAGAAGCUGCCCUUUCGCUUGAAGCUCCCCAUGGUUAAAACUGCCAUUGAGCGAGGAGUUUGUUUUGAGAUCUCGUACUCAAGUCUCAUCUCAGACCCUCAGAUGAGGAGACAAGUGAUAUCUACUGCUAAGCUACUGGUAGAUUGGACGCGUGGAAAAAAUCUUAUUAUUACAAGUGCUGCAUCUUCUGUCAAUGAAAUUAGAGGGCCUUAUGAUGUUGCAAAUGUGUCGUCCUUGCUUGGUAUUUCCAUGGAACAAGGGAAAGCUUCUAUCUCCAAGAAUUGUAGGGCUCUUAUUGCAAAUGCUUUAAAGAAGAGGAAAUUCUACAAGGAGGCCAUUAGAGUUGAGGCCAUCUCAUCUUCCGAAAGAUUAGGCUCUGAGGAACUCUGGUCGGGCGACCUGCUUAAGUGGGAUCCUUUCUCUAGCGGUGCUGGUGAUAUGCUUUUAGAUGACUUAAAAAACUCCUUCUCUAUAUCAAAUAAUGUCUCCGGAACUGUGAAGGCAAUUGAUUUCAAUUCAAUUGUUGAAAGCAUGUCAUCAAAAGGUUUUCGAGUUAAGGAUUUGACAUAUGGAAAUAAGGGAGCUGAGCUUUCAUCAGAUGAGAGUAAAACUUUGCAUUGUGCUUCUGGGUUAGUGAGCUCAUUCACCAGGGAUAAUGAAAGUUUAGAGCCUGGAAAGCGUAACAGAUUUAAUAUAGUCUCUAAACAGAAUCAGGGUCCGCCGUUUGGUACAUUCACACCGCAUCAAAUGCCCAGCAAUGAAGUUUCUGAGAAACGAGUUCUGCUGAGUGAAGCUGUUGAUGUUGCUGAAGACAGAGAGGAGAUUGGUUCUACAAAAGGUGAAAAUGUAGAUGCAAAUGCAUUAAAAGGGCAUGUUAACUCAAACCGAUUUGAUUUAGUUAGGUUGGAAUCAUCACAACCUGUCUCACCAGAUCAGUCUGAUCCAGCCUUAUGGCAUGAAAAUGCUGUAACUGAGGCGCUGGUGAGGGAUGCUGUUUUGGAGGUUGCUGGUUUACGGGGUUCUUGUUGUGAUGACGAUAAGUUUGUUGUUUCCACUCCAUCUAUCUCGGACACCAUUGUUCCUGCCCCUCUGAAUAGAGGGGUGCCUAAGGACUCAGACAACUGCGCAGUCCAGAAUGGUGAUGCUUUUCCAAAAGAUCAAGACUCUCAGGGUUUAAAAAGUGCAGAUUUUGGUAUAAAUUGUGCUACAGAUAAAAAAACCAUGGAGAAUCUGGAUUUAAGUCCUCAAGAGGAGUUAUUCUUGGUCUCUGUUAAUUUACCUUCUUGUGAAGAUGUAUUAGAGUCUAGACAAGUGAGGGAACAUAGAGAUGAUGCAACCUUAUGUGUAGAAGUACUGCAUUCUUCAAAAUGUGAUGGUUCUGUGGAAUCAAAUGAUGAACCAGAAAAUGAUGAGUCAUGGGAGGGGGUUGCAGUGGAACCUCAGACGCUUGUACAAGGGGAUGCAGGAAUUUCUCAGCCUAACUUGAAUUUAAUGUCACCAGAUGAGGGAAGAACAAGGAGGAAGUCACGCCAUCGAUCUAUUGCUUUUCCGCUCAAGCGUUUGUUGAGUCCUACUCUUUUCAAGAAGAAAGCUCGAAAGCGCCAGAGAAAGUUCUAAAACGUUAGUAGGCUGACAUGGGGAAGAUAAACUUUGUUCUGGAUAGUUAUUGGCAGAAAGAGCUGGCACAUGUUAGGGAUGGCAUAUUAUAUGUAGACUGUUAAGAUUGUCAUUUUGCUUCCAUGAUUCAGUAUAUGAAGGGGGUAGAUUAUUAGCAGAAACUUUGCAGCUUUGCCUUUUUUUUUUUUUGGCUGCAUUUUUGUGUACUGGUUUUGGCAUUUUAUGUAUUGUGAACACAAUUUUUUGGAUACUGGAAUUUCACUACCAUUUUUGAAGAAAGAAGGAAUUGAGAGUUCUUUACCA